AUGUGUGCCAGAUCUAUUGUGUUAUUGGGGUGUUUAUUUGAAGCUGUCCAUAGUCAAGAAGUGAGAUAUGCUCUGUUCACUUCUGGACCUACUUUUGGUUUUGACUCAUCAGAAGCUGUCCCAGCCAUUGAGUUAGCAGAGGAGAUGAUUAAUGCUGACAGCUCCAUUCUACCUGGCUACAACCUCACUCACACACCUGUGGUGGACACAAUGUGUGACAGGACUGUAUCUCUGAAUGAGUACUUUGAGGCCACUUUUCCGCUGCAACCAACCAUCCUCGGUCUACUGGGCUGUGGAUGCUCAGCUGCCUCUGAGCCUGUCGCAGAGAUCAUCCAUCAUAACAGCUUAUCACAGAUCUCUUACAUGUCAUCAUUGACUGGACUUAGUUACAGAGAACGUUAUCCUAAUUUCUUCCAAAUGCUACCUUCUGACAAUGGCAUAGCACAAGCUAUUGUUACCCUCAUGCAGAAAUUUGGCUGGAGACGCAUUGCCAUCCUCACUGAAGAUGAAAGUUUGUUUACAGAGGCCUAUCUAAGGGGGUACACUUAUCCCAAAUAUGCGUGGUUGACCUACGGCUGGUACCAGGACAGGUGGUGGACAGAGGAGGUGAACCCAGAGACAACAAACUGCACUGACAACCAGCUAGCAGAGAUCCUGCACAGAUCUCUCACCCUAGAGCAACUGCUUCCACACGGGAUUUCUGGUCAUGUAUCAAACACAGAACCUAUCACAGUGUCUUCAGCUUAUGAUGCCCUCUGGACAUUUGCUAUCGCACUGAACAAGACCAAUGAGAUGGUUCGUGGUCUGACAAGAGAGGAGAUAUUGAACAUGACUCAGUGUGGAGGGACUGAUGAGGAGACUGGUGUAGAGUGGGAGGUGGUGUCACUGGAGAACUUCACCUACUCCAAUCAGCUCAUGGGCUGCAUCAUCAGGUGGAACCUGGAGAGAACAGACUUUGUGGGAAUCUCGGGUCAAGUUGCUUUCAAUGACGAUGGUUCAAGAGUACAUAUUCAUGUGGAGGUAGAUCAGUACAGACUGAAUGAAGACAGAACUUCUAUUGCUUACAUCUUGCCUGUGAAUGAGUCUUUAGCUCAGCUUGUCUAUACAAGAACAAUGAAAGCAACCAGACUGUAUAUCCUAGUGAGUUCAGAGGGUGGUGUUCCACCAGACGGCACACCUGUCAUUGUGGAGGUCAGCUUUCAUUUGGCAUUGGUCGUGCCCCUCUACAUAUUGGCAACUGCUGGAAUUGUUUAUAGUACAGUAUGUCUGGUCUUCACCUUGAAACAGCGAAAGAAAAAGUAA